AAUGAAGGUGAAUCACCUGUAACUUUCAAAAGAACCGGUACCAGUUACACAGGAGAUUUAAAGCCUUCACAGUUUCACGUUAAACCAGUUUAUCUAAGCGAUAAAGGCCGUCGUACUAUUGUUUCGCCCCGUGAAGAAGGAGAGGCUUAUUCAGAUGAUGAAAAUGAUUCUGGUAUGCCACCAGUUGAUUCAAAGCGUGAAUAUAACAGCAAACAAAUAACUCAUUUUGAUAAAGAAGAGGGUGAGGCAUCUAGUGAAGAGGACCGACGUUAUGAGAAUUCAAAGCGGGAAAAAUCAGGUUCCAGUAAAUAUCCUCCAGGGAACACAAAUUUGACACUUGAGGAACAUCAAUAUCGGAACCGUUUACAUGAAAGAUAUGAACGACGUGAGCGUGAGAAGAAGAGAAUACGCGAUAACAUAGAUCCAGAGUCAAUGCAUGGGUCGAACCAACAUGGACGUCCAUUAUAUUACAAAGAAAAUUCUACCUCCAGCAGUGAAAGAGAAGGUAUCCACUCUAAUCCAAAAGUGGAAGACUCAGAAGUUAAUCGGAAGUAUCAGUCUUCGAAACAAUCGGAUUCAAAGCAGAGAGAUCGUAUAUUAGUGUCUACGGUUAAUCAAACAUUAGAAAAGUCACCUCAAGACAAUCGACAAUACAAAACAGCUUUACAAGUAGAACGCGAGGAAUAUGUGCUAAAAUAUGGUCAAAAUCAAUCAAGUUGUGUUACUGUAACUGAUAGAAUUAUUGAAUCGCAAACUAUUUAUACAGAUGAACUAAAUCCUUCACAAUCAGAGAUAAAUCGUAAAUCGAAAUCUAAAAAAUCUAAACGUGAUCGGAAAGAAAAAGAGCAGAAGAUGACAUCAAAAAGUCGAGAGGUGACAACAUUAAAAGUUAAAAAGGAAAGUAAGCAACGAAAAAUUCAAUCUGGUAAUAGUAGUAGUCAUUUAGACUAUAAUACUUGGGAGUCAAUUCAAAAAUAUACCAAACUUCCAGAUCGUCAUCAUGGACCUCUCCAACAUAGUCAUUCAGGUUCAUUAGAUUCCAUAUCUUCCGCUUCAUCUCAACUGAGUAAAGUUUCUGCAUACACUGGUUGUUCAUCACACUCAUCACCUUUGGGAUAUCGUAAGUCAUCAACAUCAUUAACAAGUGGUCAACAACUUCGACGCUCUUCUCAAUCACCCAAUGAUCUUGAUGAAUCAUAUACCUAUUCUAAGAAACGUUAUCAUCGUGAAGCUAGAGAAACUGCUCCACCACCUGAAUCUACACGUCAUUAUAUUGGUCCAAAUCAAAUAUCGGUAAAAAUGAAACAUAAGCGUAAAGGUGACAAACAUGAAACAUCUGAAAGUAUUAAUUAUGGAGUAAAUUUGGCUAGUAAACGUGAAAAACUAUCACAAGACAAUGAAAAUCAUGAAUUACAAAUAGAAGAUUCACAUACACACUCAAUCACUGGACGCACCAAAAGUAAAAUGUCAAAAUCUCUUGGAACAGAAUCUAGUAAACACAAAAAACACUCAUCUAAGAGUUCAAAAAUGAAAAACAAUCGAUCAACAAUGAGAAAGAUAUCAUCCACUUCAAAACUGGAAGGAGACUAUGAACAAAGUAGUCGCAAUCUCUAUAAGUUAGUAGUAAAUAAACCCGAAGGUGGUGAACAGUAUUCAGAAGAAAGUGACUCAGAUCCACACAAUAUCAAUGAUAAUAGCAAUAGUCGACGAAAUAACCAUGAAAUUAGUUAUAACAAGAUAGCAGAUAUUGAUAUCAAUGAGAAAGCUGGUGGAAAAUCUAAAGAAAUGAAUGUAUUAUUUCCUGCUGGAAAUAAAAUAAUUGGGAAUGAUAUAAAAGGUGAAUUUAAUAGACUACCACCUCCUCCGCGUUAUCCGGGCUAUUCAGAAUCUUCAUCUGAAUGUGAAGAAAGUGGAGUACCCGAUAAUGGUUUUUUGGAUGAUGAUGAUGACGAUGUCAAUAAUCAUAAACUUGAUGAUGUUGAACUUCAUAAAGACGAUGAUGUUGUUAAUGAUGAUGAAAUCAGUUCCUUUAAGAACAAACCACCUGGGAAGCCAUUCUAUUUCCCAUCUAUACAAGGUUGUAGAUCAGUAGAAGAAUUUGAAUGUCUCAAUCGUAUUGAAGAAGGCACUUAUGGUGUUGUCUAUCGAGCACGUGAUAAAAAAGUGAAUGAAAUUGUUGCAUUGAAACGUUUAAAAAUGGAGAAAGAACGUGAUGGCUUCCCAAUUACAUCAUUACGUGAAAUCAAUAUGUUAAUGAAAGCUCAACAUGAAAACAUUGUUACUGUACGUGAAGUAGUAGUUGGCAGUAAUAUGGAUAAAAUCUAUUUAGUUAUGGAUUAUGUUGAACAUGAUUUAAAAUCAUUAAUGGAGAUUAUGAAUGGUCCUUUCAGUGUUGGUGAAGUGAAAUGUUUACUUGUACAGUUACUAAGAGCUGUUAGUCAUCUACAUGAUAAUUGGAUAUUACAUCGAGAUUUAAAAACUUCAAAUCUUCUGUUAAGUCAUCAAGGAAUUUUAAAGGUAGGAGAUUUCGGCUUGGCUCGUGAAUAUGGCUCUCCAUUGAAACAUUAUACAGAAGUUGUUGUCACCUUAUGGUAUCGAGCACCGGAGCUGUUACUAGGUAGUUUUAAUUGCU